AUGAGCAAACACAAGGUAUGGCCUGGUCUUACUCGAUACCAGCUUCUGAAAGUCCAGAUGAAAGGCAUAAUUUGGCUAACAGGCGUUGCUUCCGCCCCUCUAGCGACCCAAAACAUUCUCGAUCCGCGACGGGUAGGGAAGCAGAACUCUGGCUUCUCUGACGAAGACAUAUCCGACAUCAUCUGCGUACUGUAUCCGCAUUCCGACGCCGCACGACAAGAGGUUCAAAGGCUAGCUCAGGAGAAUUCGCAGUAUAUUAUCGGCAAGGACGAAGCGGAUGACGUUGAGCCCGACUAUGAAUCAGAGGACCAUGCGAGCCGCUUCGAGUCGCAUCCCGUCAGCCAUGGCAACUAUGCCAUCAUCCUGAGGCUUUCGUCCCAAGUCAAGAGCCCGUCUGCCGGCUUUGCUUUUGGAAGGAAUAGCGCUAGGUGCGAUAUUGUCUUUACCAAUGAUCCGUUUCGGCGCAUUAGUAAUAUCCAUUUCCGGAUAUAUGUCAAUGAGUAUGGAAAUGUCAUGGUUGAGGACCAGUCCACCAAUGGUACCUUUGUCGACAGGCAACUUCUCACACGGCACCCGAAGGAGCAGUCGGUGCAGCCCACGAACAAGUGGGUGCUGGGUUCCGGAACCAAUAUCCGGAUUGUCUUGCAUAAUGAGACUCGGGACCUGACGUUUCGUGUGAGGAUUCCUCGCCGCGAUGACGGCUAUGACCGUGCCUAUAUCGCAAAGGUCAAUGAGUACUUUAUUCGUCAUGGUUUGCACCCUGCGAGCGGCGAGACUCCUAAUCUUGGUCCUGGUCCUGGUCCUAAUCCUAAUCCUACCAUUACCGGCCCGGUCGACCUGUUCAAGGUUCCCGGAGGGCCACAGGCGAAGAGAGUGGGAUUCGAUGCAACCCCGUCUCCUCACCCAUCGCCUUCUAAACGGAAAGACUCGCAUGGUUUGGUUCGGAAUGAGUGGAAGGGUUCUGGGAAAUAUAACCGCAUAGGCAUGAUUGGUAAGGGAGCUUUUGCCGUGGUGUAUAAGGUGACGUCGAAAUAUGACGGACUUCCCUAUGCCGCAAAGGAGCUUGAGAAGCGUCGUUUUAUCAAGAACGGAGUCCUGGAUCAAAAGGUUGAAAAUGAGAUGAAAAUUAUGCAGCGAGUGCAGCAUCCAAAUAUUGUGCGUUAUAUUGAAAAUUUUGACUGGGAGGACCGGCUUCUCAUCAUUAUCAUGGAGUACGUGCCGCUUGGUGAUCUCGGCAAGACCAUUUCCGACGACGGCGCGUUCACAGUGGAAAUGACACAAACCAUGUCGAAGCAGUUGCUGAGUGCAUUGGGCUACUUACAUGCAAACAACAUCACCCAUCGCGACGUUAAGCCGGACAAUAUCCUCAUUCAGUCUCUGGAACCGCUUGUGGUCAAGCUUACCGAUUUUGGACUGUCUAAAAUGGUUGAUACGGCGGAGACAUUCCUGCGCACGUUUUGUGGCACUCUUUUGUACUGUGCCCCUGAAGUGUACACGGAGUAUGCCGAAUAUGACGACAAUGGAGUCAGAAACCGCGGGAAGAGAAUGCGACGUAUGCCUGGACAAAGAUAUAACCACGCCGUAGACAUAUGGUCUCUAGGAGGUGUAUUGUUUUAUUCGCUUACUGGGGCACCGCCUUACCCCGUCAAAUCCGGAAUCAGCUACUCGGAAUUGUUGCACAAGAUCAUGACGACAAACUUGGACACGAUGCCGCUCCAAAGGGUUUCUAUAUCUGAGCCUGGGGUUGAUUUUAUUCAGCGAAUGCUGCAAAGGCGACCCGAGAAUCGCGCAACUAUCCCUGAGCUCGAAAGUCAUCCUUGGCUGGCGGGAUUUGGAUCCACGAUACAGGCUUCUCAGUCGUACGAUGAAAUUACGGAUGAUGAAGAUUAUCCGUCGCAACUACAGCAGCCUGCGGCGUAUGACGAUGACAGAGUCAGCGAUUCUAUGAGUGAUGUAUCUGACAAAGAGAAUAGUCAUAUGGACUACGGCACGCAACAUCCACGUUUGUUUGGAGAGGUUGGUGUAUCGGCCAUAGGGUCAUCUGGUGUCAUUCCCGAAAACUACCUUAAUCUGCCUGCCGAGCACAGCAUGGGUUCUACAGAAAUUCUCAACUCACACGAGGAUGAAGCCUAUGACUCUGGGGACUCGGACACCGUCAAGGGAAGAAAUCGCCAUGUGUACCAACACAACAUGACAUCCAUAUACCCGAAUCAGUCAGCAGAUCAGCUUCAAAGCUUGGUGGAAAACGUGGCAUCACAGAGCCUCGGAGGCAAUCCCUCGGUUGUUCAGGAUCUUGGGACCUCACAGCCGCUGUCCUUCUCCAUGGACCCCAAUUCAAGUAAAAGAAAGCCACCCUCCCAUGAUACCAGCGAGGAGUACGACGAGAACACGCCACCUGGCAAACCCAUCAUCAAGAGAUUGAAGUCGGAAGGAAACCUUGAGGAACCUUCCCGUGAAGUGCUAGAGGAAUUUCGACUUCUCGCCCGAAUGCCCCAAGUAACGAGACUUGAUUCUGGUAGGCAAAUCGACUACCCCGUUAGCAAGAUGGUGUGGUGGCAACAAGACAAAAAGACAUGGCAUACGCGGUAUCCCGAAAUGACACAGCGCCAGCACGACGCCUUUAGGCAAGCGGCAACGGAAGGAGGCGAGAUUUUCGGGCCGGGCAAGACGCCGCUUUGGGAUCUGGCAAUGAAGUAUUUUGCUCCCAGUCCGGAACCAGAAGGCAGAAACGGCCAUUCAAACAAAAGUCCACCCAUAGGACUGAGGCGAGACGACAGCAAGAUGGUUGAAGAUACGGUGGAGUUCCCACCUACCGCGGCGCCAGUCGAUUCAUCGUCAAUGCCGGACACCUGCCCUCCUGAUACCAAAAUCGUAGUGCCAGUCCAGGAAGACAUGUCUGCGAAUAGAGCGGUCGCAUUAGUGGAUACCGAUGCAUCAUCUUGCGUUCAGGGGAUUUCAUUCCCCAUCACCGACUCGCUGGUAUCGUUUGGUAGAGGACCCGAGAAUACAGAAAGCUUCAAGGACAAGCAAGAACCGAGGAUACCAAAAUAUGCAUUUAAACUUAUGCUCUGGAGAGACGGUUACGACCCGUCCAAGCAUUCCUCAAAGGGAGACCAGCCCUGGUGUAGAGGGGAGUCUCCAGAAGACGCUCAGUAUCACUUUUGGAUAUCUACCAAGGCCACUCUGGGUAUCAAAAUCAACGGAUACAACCUGGCAUCAUCGGACUCGAAGAAUCCUACAGGACCGUCUCAGUACUGGGCCAAGGUUUACGACGGCGACUCCCUUAUGAUCUGGGGCGGACAAGAUCCCAAAAAUCAAACUAGACUUACAUUCCGGUGUUUCUGGGGAGCAUCCCGACAUCCACGACCGGCAGAUAGACAACAAUUGGAACUGGCUAGUUCCCAAACAGCGGCGAAGCUAGACAGCAUAUGUCAACGGACGGAGAGACGAAUCCGUGACACGAUGGAGAAGAAGCGCCGGUCUGACGAAGCGAACGCGGAUCAGCGAUUGCGCCAGGUGGAACGUGAGCGCGAGCGCAGUCGUCUCUUUGAGCAGAAGAGAGUUGAGGCUGUUGAGUUUUUGGCCGCAAAACAGCUCAUUUCGCGAAAGGGGUCGCCUGCAAAUGGUGCGGCGGGAACCUCGACAAGAGCGUAUCUGGCGCCUAAUGCGAGCUUGAGUCUGGAUAAGACGAUGGGCCACGCGGGCCGGUAA